UACAGUAUUACCAAGUACAGUAUUAUUUCGGUUUGCCUACUAACAUUAUACGAAUCAAGGUCAUGUCGUCCCCCCUCCCCCCACCCUCAUCAGUUUCUUCUCCCGCUCCGGAGCGCCUGCGAAGCUUCUCUGUCUGUUUAGUUUCUUCUCCCAAUCCGGCUGUGUUUACGUUCGACGUAGAUUGAUGCUUCCUGGCCACAACACUCCCGUUUCGCCCCACCUCCAAAAAAAAAAAAAAAAAACAUUGACUGCUCGAGGCCUCACCCACGUACCAAUCGUACGUCCGUCUUUCCAGGUGGCCCCGGUCAUGACGGACCCCCCAGAGCCGGAGCCGGAGCCUCACGACGGGGGACCCUCGCCGGAGCGCGGUGGGCGGGACCGGGAGGGCGGGGUCAGGGUGAACGUGUCGGUGGAAGGGGAGGGCCGACGGAGGAGUGACGAUGAAGAGGUGGAAGAGGAGGAGGUCAAAGAGGAAGAAGAGGAGUUGCCGUACCCCUCGCUCGCCCCCGUCGUUCUGUUGGCGCUGUCGCAAACCAGCCCGCCCAGGUCGUGGUGCCUACGAGCCGUAUGCCACCCCUGGUUUGAGCGCAUCAGUAUCUUGGCCAUCCUGCUCAACUGCGUGACUCUGGGAAUGUUUCAGCCCUGCGAUGACACACACUUCCUGUUGCAGGCACUGGACGACGGCAUCUUUGUAUUUUUUGCCGGGGAGAUGCUGGUCAAGAUGGUGGCUCUGGGGAUCAUCGGCCACAACGGUUACCUAGGAGACACGUGGAACCGACUGGACUUCUUCAUUGUCAUCGUGGGGAUGUUGGAGUACUCGCUGGACGGACACAACAUUAGCCUGUCGGCAAUUCGCACCGUGCGCGUCCUACGGCCGCUCAGGGCCAUCAACAGGGUUCCCAGCAUGCGCAUCCUGGUCACCCUGCUGCUGGACACGCUUCCCAUGCUGGGCAACGUGUUGGCGCUGUGCUUCUUCGUCUUCUUCAUCUUUGGCAUCGUUGGCGUGCAGCUUUGGGCGGGGCUCCUGAGGAACCGCUGCUUCAUGGGGGAGGACGUCAAGACGAGGUACAACGUCUCUUUCCUGAGCGUUUACUACCGUCCGGGCGGCACGGAGGACCACCCGUUCAUCUGCUCGGCAGAGCGAGACAACGGCAUGCUGCGCUGCGCCGACGUGCCCCGCCGGCGCGUGGCCGGGACGUCCUGCUUCCUGGCGGCCGAGGACACCCGUCCCGAGAGGGCGGCGGCGGCGGCGGCAGGAGACGGGACGUCAUGUGUCAACUGGUACCAGUACUACAACGAGUGUCGCGCCGGCGAGUUGAACCCGCACAAGGGAGCGAUCAACUUUGAUAACAUUGGAUAUGCGUGGAUUGCCAUUUUUCAGGUAAUUACUCUGGAAGGCUGGGUGGACAUUAUGUAUUACGUCAUGGAUGCCCACUCUUUCUACAACUUCAUCUACUUCAUCUUCCUCAUUAUCGUGGGCUCCUUUUUCAUGAUCAACCUGUGCCUGGUGGUCAUCGCCACCCAGUUCUCGGAGACCAAGCAGCGCGAGCACGCCCUGAUGAAGUCGGAGCAGCGCGCCCGCCAACUCCACCAGUCGGCGUCCACGCUGGCCAGUGACAGCCAGCCCGGCAGCUGCUACGAGGAGAUUAUCCGCUACCUGGCGCACUUGGGCCGCAAGGCGUGCCGCCGCCUGUCCCGGUUGCUGGCCCUGAGGGAGAUGAACGGGCUGGCGCACCGGCAUUCCGGUCACGUCACGGGUGAUCUGUCGCACCUUCGUGAAAUGUAUCGUCAGCGACACCCGCCGCCGCCGCCGCCACGAGCGGAAUGUCGGCUGAGUAACGGAGGUUUUAAUUACCCCGUCAUAUCACCUCUCCACGCUCACCCGGAUGCAAAGGGUCCGCAUCACAAGAGAGGCGGCGCCGCGGAGGCCGGCAACAGGCUGCCGCAGCUCGUCCUGGAACACGGCGGUUGCGCGGCCCACCCGGCGCUACCCUUGCCAGGCGAGGUCCCUGUGGAGUCGUCGCCCUGUCCGUACUGCAGCUACUACAACCCAGUGCGUGACCCCCAAAUCCAGGCAGCGGACGGGGAUCAUCGUCAUCAGCAGCAGCAGCAGCAGCGAGGCCCCGUCAGCAGUCCCCCGCCGCCACUGCAGCCCCCUUGCAAGAGCCCCACCCCCCGCCCGGGCGAGAGACACGCCGCCCGGCCCGUGUGGCGGGCGUGCGCUCGAUGCUGGGCGGAACUCAGGGGCAAACUUGAGCUCAUCGUGGGCAGCAGAUACUUCAACAGAGGCAUCAUGAUUGCAAUUCUGAUCAACACGCUGUCCAUGGGAAUCGAGUAUCACGAACAGCCGCAGGAGCUGACGGAUGUUUUGGAGAUCAGCAACAUGGUGUUCACGAGUCUGUUCAGCUUGGAGAUGCUCCUGAAAGUCGUGGCGCUCGGCCUCUUCGGCUACAUCAAGAACCCCUACAAUGGCUUCGACAGCAUCAUCGUCAUCAUCAGUGUGUGGGAGAUUGUGGGCGAGGCGGACGGAGGUUUGUCCGUGCUGCGUACCUUCCGUCUGCUGCGGGUCCUGAAGCUGGUGCGCUUCCUGCCAGCCCUAAGGAGGCAGCUGGUGGUGCUCAUGAAGACCAUGGACAAUGUGGCCACCUUCUGCAUGCUGCUCAUGCUCUUUAUUUUCAUCUUCAGUAUCCUGGGGAUGCAUUUGUUUGGAUGUAAAUUUGGUUUGCGACAAGAUAGCGGAGACACGCUCCCCGACAGAAAGAACUUUGACUCGCUGCUCUGGGCCACCGUCACCGUCUUCCAGAUCUUGACGCAGGAGGACUGGAACGCCGUCCUGUACAACGGCAUGGCGUCCACCACGCCGCUGGCCGCCCUCUACUUCGUCGCACUCAUGACCUUUGGCAACUACGUCCUCUUCAACCUGCUAGUGGCCAUUUUGGUUGAAGGCUUCCAGGCCGAAGUAAGGGGCCACCUUGCGGCUUCGCCGGCGCCGUCGCGUGCGGCCUCAGCGACUCGAUUUUGGCGGCUUUGGCGUUUGUCGUCUCGUCGGCGGCUGCGUAGGCGGUCUUAUGUAGAAGCAAUCUUGUGCUGUCUGUCUGGCAUUGCGGCGCUGGAGGUGGAGUUGAUGCUCUUGCCGGCGCCGUUGACAAAAGCAUUGGCACUGCCUCCGUGGGACAGCCUCCCGCAGAGCCGUCGCUCCAGCUGGACCAGCCUGGGCCGGGCCCCCAGCCUCCACCGCCGGAGCCAGUCGGGCGAGAUGGAGUCGCUGCUCUCCGACGGCGGCAGCAGAGAGGCGUCCUUGGACACCCCCGACUACCUGCAGGUGCCCCACUUGCGCUCGCCCGACUGCAACGGGACCGCCGCCUUCCCCAUGCCCGAGCACGCUUACGACGACGCGCUCCAGACGUCGCUUUACCACGUGCAGGCGGAGGACGAGGACGCGGAGGAGACUUUGUACCAGAAGCUGAGGAAACUGCUGGAGCCGUACGAGCCUCAGUGGUGCGUGGAGCACGAGGAUUGGUCACUCUACGUCUUCGCUCCGCACAACCGCUUCCGGCUGUGGUGCCAGAAAACCAUUGGGCACAAGAUGUUCGAUCACAUCAUCCUGCUCUUCAUCUUCCUUAACUGCAUCACCAUCGCGCUGGAGAGGCCCGACAUUCAUCCGCACAGCAUGGAGCGAGUGUUCCUCAGCGUGUCCAAUUACAUCUUCACUGUGAUCUUUGUCGGUGAAAUGAUGGUCAAGGUAAGUGUGAUCCGCUUCACGCUGGGGGUAAUCAGCCGAGCCCCCGGGCUAAAACUGGUGGUGGAGACCCUGAUCACAUCGCUCAGGCCCAUCGGCAACAUCGUCCUCAUCUGCUGUGCCUUCUUCAUCGUCUUUGGCAUUUUGGGGGUUCAGUUAUUCAAAGGCAAGUUCUUCCACUGUGAGGGCUACAACGUGACCAGCAUCACCAACAAGACGCAGUGCGUGGACGCAGGACACCGUUGGAUGCGCAGGAAGUACAACUUUGACAACCUGGGACAGGCGCUGAUGUCUCUGUUUGUGCUGUCGUGCAAAGACGGCUGGGUCAGCAUCAUGUACGACGGCCUGGACGCGGUCGGCGUCGACCAGCAGCCCGUCCGCAACAACAACCCGUGGAUGCUGCUCUUCUUCAUCUCCUUCCUGCUCAUCGUCAGCUUCUUCGUGCUCAACAUGUUCGUGGGCGUGGUGGUGGAGAACUUCCACAAGUGUCGGCAGCAGCAGGAGGAGGAAGAGGCCCGGCUCCGCGAGGAGAAGCGGCGCAAGCGCCUGGUGAAGCGCCGGCGCAAGGCCCUGGAGAAGCCGUACUACGCCGACUACUCGCCGCUACGUCUCUCCAUCCACACCGUGUGCACCAGCCACUACCUGGACCUCUUCAUCACCAUCAUCAUCUUCACCAACCUGCUCACCAUGAGCAUGGAGCAUUACAACCAGCCCCAGUACCUGGUGGAGAUCCUCAAGUACUGCAACUACGUCUUCACGGUGGUGUUUGUCAUCGAGGCCAUCCUCAAGCUCAUCGCAUUUGGCCUUCGUCGCUUUUUUAAAGAAAGAUGGAACCAGUUGGACCUGGCCAUUGUGCUGCUGUCCAUCAUGGGAAUCACGCUGGAAGAAAUCGACCUGAAUGCCUCGUUGCCCAUCAAUCCCACCAUCAUACGCAUCAUGAGGGUGUUGAGGAUCACGCGGGUUCUGAAGCUGUUGAAGAUGGCCACGGGAAUGCGAGCUCUGCUGGACACGGUCAUGCAAGCGCUGCCUCAGGUGGGGAAUCUGGGUCUGCUCUUCAUGUUGCUGUUCUUCAUCUAUGCAGCUCUGGGAGUUGAGCUCUUUGGAAAACUGGAAUGUUCCGAGGAGAACCCGUGCGAGGGCCUCAGCCGUCACGCCACCUUCGACAACUUCGGCAUGGCCUUCCUGACGCUCUUCCGCGUGUCCACCGGCGACAACUGGAACGGGAUCAUGAAGGACACGCUACGCGACUGCCGACCGGAGGACCGCCACUGCCUCAGCUACCUGCCGCUGAUCUCGCCCGUCUACUUCGUCACCUUUGUGCUGACGGCGCAGUUCGUGCUGGUCAACGUGGUGGUGGCCGUCCUUAUGAAGCACCUGGAGGAGAGCAACAAGGAGGCGCAGCUGGAGGAGAUGGAGGAGCGGCGGGAGCGCGAGGAGGCCCUUCGCAGCGCCGCGUCGGCGGGCGGGGAACCCGCCGCCCCCAACGGCGACGCACCUCCGCAGGUGCAGGUGGAGGAUGAGGAGCGUUGCCGCGGCAACCUGCUGAGCAUCGGCCGCAUGCUGUCCCUGCCCAGCGACAGCUACAGCCAGCAGCCGCUCAGAUGUGCAGCGUACUCGUCGGCUGGCGUCGACGCCUACUCGGCCUACGGCUACUCGGGCUCCAUGUCGUCACUGGGCUCCAGCGGGGGCGGAUCCCUGCUGCAGGUCCCAGGCGCCCUCCCCACCAUUAGCCACGCCUCGCUGGGCCACGGGCGCAGCAGCCGCCCCGUGAUCCGCCUCAGCAGCUCCCAGAGCAUCGACAGGGGCUCGCCUCAUCGUGGCCCCCCGCCGGACCGGCGCCGGCUGGACUCGGCUCACAGCGUGGAUGGGUGUCGGUUCAGCCCCGCCCGGGUAGCCGACCUUCGGCGACUGAGCUCCGCGCAGAGCGUGGACGGAUACAGGGUGGGCGGGGAGAGGGCCAAGCUGGUGUCUUGCUGCAGUAUGGACAGACAUCCCUCGCUGGGGCUGAGUCCCCUGCACGGGGCUUCCAGGGGGCCCUCUCAUUGGCUGAGCCCCGAGGAGAGUUUGGAUCGCAACAAGCUAAGUCCCUCAUACAUCCCAGAGAGUUCCGUCCUCAAGAGACCCUCGUCGUUCCGCGCUGCUGGUCGACAGUUGCGCAGACAAGAAGCCGUGCGUUGUGAUUCACUGGAUCAAAGCGGCUCGGCUGACAACGUGUCGGACAGCCUCCCCCCCGCGCCCGCCGGCACAUCUUCCACUUCCACGCCGCCCCGCCAGCGCUCGUCCAGCGUUCACACCUUGAAAUACACCCAACCGCAGAGGAUCAUCUCAUGCCGGAGUCACGGCGAUGCGGCCGGAUCGCAACCGGGACCCGAUCGGGACCUGGCGGGAAAGGACGCAGGGGGGUCGGAGCCCCAGGUGGCGGACGACACUGACGAUGAAGUGCGGCGCAUCAACGCGCACUCGCACAGACACCUGGCUCCCGAUCCCGACGAGGCUCGCGGCCGCCUCAGCCAAUCGGCAUCGCCGGUGUCGGGCCGGAACAGGAAGGAGCGUGUGAGCCCGCCCCCGGGGGAGGAGCCGGUUACCAUGGCGACGCAGUUGAUGGACAGCAGUGUGGAGCUCAGGAGGCGGACGCUGUCGUUCGACGCCACCAAUCAGCCCGAGUCAGGCUCUGUGGACGACUGACUUUUUCUUUUUUUAUUUUAAUUUAUUAUUAUUAUUAUUUUUCUUUUUUUUUUUAAGCAUAGCAGGACACGUCCACCUUCCUUGUCCCGGCCAAUCACAGGGUUCGUAUUUUCAGACUGCUCCCUGCAAUGCAGUUUUUGGGUUUUUU